UCGUAGACAGACGUCGGUUUUGAUGCGACAUGUGAUGUAGCAUGUCAACCUACCACACACGACUGAAUUAAUCACAGUAUGGAUUCAAAUUAAUAACCAGACGUUGAUAAAACUGGAGAGAGCUCUACACAGAAAGAAACGAGUCUUGUCAAUCAGACACAGACGGAGGCCGUUUCCGAGAGUGAGGCCCUGGCACCAGCAGGCCUUGGAGAGCACUGGCAUGAUGGAGGGGGGUAUGCAGCUGCUGAAUCGAGAUGGCCACAGCAUCUCGCACAACUCCAAGCGCCACUACCACGACUCCUUCGUGUCCAUGAACCGCAUGCGACAGCGCGGCCUGCUCUGCGACAUCGUGCUCCAUGUGGCCAACAAGGAGAUCAAGGCACACAAGGUGGUGCUGGCCUCCUGCAGUCCAUACUUCCACGCCAUGUUUACAAAUGAGAUGUCAGAGAGCCGUCAGACCCACGUGACCCUGCAUGAUAUUGACCCUCAGGCCCUAGAGCAGCUGGUGCAGUACGCUUACACUGCCGAGAUUGUAGUAGGUGAAGGAAACGUGCAGACCCUUCUGCCUGCAGCUAGUCUCCUACAACUCAAUGGAGUGAGAGAUGCCUGCUGUAAAUUCCUCCUCAGCCAGCUGGACCCCUCCAACUGCCUGGGCAUCCGUGGCUUUGCAGACACUCACUCCUGCAGUGACCUGCUCAAGUCGGCCCAUAAGUAUGUCCUGCAGCACUUUGUGGAGGUGUCGAAGACUGAGGAGUUUAUGCUGCUACCUUUGAAACAGGUGCUGGAUCUGAUCUCCAGUGACAACCUGAACGUCCCAUCUGAGGAGGAGGUGUACAGGGCUGUGCUGAGCUGGGUCAAGCAUGACGUUGAUGGGCGGAGACAACAAGUGCCCCGUCUGAUGAAGUGUGUGCGGCUACCCCUGCUGACACGAGACUUUCUCAUGAGUAAUGUGGAUACAGAGCUGCUGGUGCGACACCACUCUGAGUGCAAAGACCUGCUGAUCGAGGCUCUGAAGUAUCACCUGAUGCCUGAGCAGAGAGGCGUGCUCAGUAACAGCCGUACCCGUCCAAGGCGUUGCGAGGGUGCCAGCCCGGUUCUCUUUGCCGUAGGUGGAGGCAGUCUUUUUGCUAUUCAUGGAGACUGCGAGGCCUAUGACACCAGGACAGACCGCUGGCACAUGGUGGCUUCCAUGUCAACACGGCGGGCACGAGUCGGUGUGUCUGCUAUUGGAAAUAAGCUCUACGCUGUGGGCGGGUAUGAUGGCACCUCUGAUUUGGCCACUGUAGAGUCGUAUGAUCCAGUAACCAAUGCGUGGCAGCCUGAGGUCUCCAUGGGAACGAGGAGGAGCUGUUUAGGUGUGGCGGUACUGCAUGGGCUGCUAUAUGCUGCAGGAGGAUAUGAUGGUGCUUCCUGUCUCAACAGUGCGGAGAGGUAUGACCCUCUGACCAGUACCUGGACCUCCAUCGCUGCCAUGAGCACCAGGAGGAGAUAUGUCAGAGUGGCUAAUUUAGAUGGCAGUCUGUAUGCGGUUGGUGGGUACGACAGCUCCUCGCACUUAGCCACAGUAGAAAAGUAUGAACCGCAGAGUAAUACCUGGACUGCCAUUGCCAACAUGCUUAGCAGGAGAAGCAGUGCAGGGGUGGCAGUACUGGAGGGCAUGCUUUAUGUUGCUGGGGGCAAUGAUGGAACCAGCUGCCUAAAUUCAGUGGAAAGAUAUAAUCCAAAAACCAACACCUGGGAGGGAGUGGCCCCAAUGAACAUCCGCAGGAGCACUCAUGACCUGGUCGCCAUGGACGGCUGGCUCUAUGCAGUUGGAGGCAAUGAUGGCAGCUCUAGUCUCAACUCCAUAGAAAAGUACAACCCUCGGAGCAACAAAUGGGUGGCGGCGUCGUGUAUGUUCACACGCCGUAGCAGUGUAGGAGUUGCUGUUCUGGAGCUCCUCAACUUUCCUCCUCCGUCCUCCCCCACUCUUUCCGUCUCCUCCACCAGUCUUUGACAAAGGGUAAAGACCCGCCUUAGCUCCAGCGGCCCGCCCUGCGUGGCCAAGAGGCGCAACUGCUCAGUGUGAACGAGUGCCACAUAGGCCACAGCGCCUUCCCUCUGCCUGGAGGAUUACUACAGCGUUCCACAGAUCACGAGGGUAAAUAAAGGCUGAAACGAAAACACACACUCACACACUCCAGGCAUCCACAGCUCUCACCUUGUAAACCCCAGUGCUUGAAACUGAAAACUCAUGCUGCUCUGCCAUUUUGCGGUCACUUUGUGUAUGAUGUGUAUUUAAAUGUAUAUGAUUUAUGAUUCUUUUUGGAGAUAUUAAGAUAUUAAAAUAAUAAAUAAAUUAAAUUUAAAAAAUAAUGAACAUCUGUAGGAAUGUAGCUCUUGCCAAGCAUGUUUACAGAAAUUUUGUUUUUGCAGACAAUAAUGUUGUAGUGCUGCUAUGCCACACUAGGUGGCAAUAAUGAGCAAUGCUGCCCUGUCUCACCACAGACGCGCAUGGACAUACAGAAGCAGAAAAUCUCACAAAAGGGUGGCUGGACUCUACACUACGUCAAAUCAUAAUAUAUGUUUUAUGUAUUUUCCUAUUUAUUUAUCAAAUGUAAUAUAAGCAUAUGACAUUAUUUCAGAGAUGUUUGAAGGACCACCUCAGUCUUUAAGAUGGGAGAUACUAUAUAGUUUUAAUGGACAUGAUUUUUGCAUACCAGAGAAGCACUGGUGUUAUAUUUGUAUGAAAUGUAAUUUUAGGGAGUGGAUCAGGUAUUCAGUGUUAUAUCUGUUGAGUUCAUUUGUCUUUAUAUAGUCAUGAAUUAAAAGCCUUUGAGGCCGAUAUGAGUACAAGCUCUACUAAUAUGACACUAACCAGGAGAAAUGUCUUUUGACUAAAGACAAUAGCCAUACCUAAAACUAGCUGUGACAUAAAAGCUGCACUUUGUCAUUUCUCAUUGUUUUAAAAGGGUUAUCAGUGCUCAGAACUAAUUCUGAUUAACUAAUGGGUAAUCAGUAAUACUAAGACUUCAAAAUCAAGCCCUUGUAUCAAUGUGAGUAACUCAACUUUUAUAAGCUCUCAGUGUUUUAAGUCACAUUUAUCAGUAUUACCUAUUUUUUGGCCUAAGUCUUUAGUUUGUUUCUGGAUUUUAUCUUAUUCAUUACUCAAGCAGGUUGAUCACAUUGAAGUAUGGGAUUAUUUUUUCAUAAAUUAUACCAUAUAUUGCAUUUCAUGAGCAUUGCUUUCUUAUCAGGGUUGUCGGUUUACAAAGUUGAAUUGGAUCUAGAUAGUUUACUGUGUUGUGAUAUUGGUAAUAGCAACUACUAAUGCAUCUUACCUCAGAGGGGCAGAUUACUGAACAAUGGAUUUUGUGAACGGUUUGGAGUUUAGCUAUUGAGAGCACAGCUCACCCUGAAACAAGACAAGGCUCGUUAAGUCAAUCCUCCUUUCUGCCAUUUAACUUAGAUUUAGAAAUGUAGCGUAGUGUUAUAUAAUUUCGAAACUUCUGAGAAGUAAUAAUUUAUUUUCCUUUUUUUGAAGGACUUUGUUGAUUUAAAGACACUCGUUCCAGGUCAGUGUAAUGUUUAUGUCCAGGAAAAUCAGAGAGUGUAUUUGUGUGUCUGAGGACUGCAGAACAUUUUCUGUAGUGGUUGACAGUAUGUACAGUAAAUAACACACAAUCCACUCUACAGAAUGGAACCAUGUAUAUAACCAGAUAUAUUGAAACUCUGUGCAAUUGUCAAUGUAACUGUGGCUUUCUUUUCUUUCUUUUUUUAUUAUUUGGAUUGUACUGUUGUUGUAUGUGUCAUUUAUUUAUAUUGUGCUGGUUAUGUUUUACUAUAUUUAAGAACAAAUGUCAAAAUGAUUUUUGCACUAACGUCAAAUGGAGCAAUACACUGCUGUAUAAUAACAAAACACACUACUGUAAAUGAAAUAAAGAUGUUUUCAG